AUGAAAAUUAUAACUUGCAUACUGAUUUUAGCCGCCUUUGAGUCAAUCAAAGCUACAUUUGCUUCUCAAAGGUCAAAAUCUGUUGAAGCAGAAACCGGGCUGACUUAUCAUUUCAUAUCAUUUUUGAAUGAGUCUGGCUAUGAGUUUUACGGUUUUAACAGGUCAGAUCUUUUAGGAGGAUCUUAUGGUGGAAAAUUAAAUGAUGAUGAUUAAAUCACUCGUCAACCAGUUAUUUUUGUGCAUGGAAAUGGUGACUUGGCAGCAGGAGAUGAUGCUCGCAACUAAGCUGGAUUCGUGCACACAAUAGAAUACUUUCUUUCUUAGGGAUAUAAGUAAAGUGAGCUCUAUGCAACUACAUGGGGUUUUGCAGACAUCCCCCACGAAAGCUAGCACUAUCACUCAAGAGAAUAUAUGGUCUACAUUAGAAAAUUUAUUGACGCAGUCUUGGAAUACACAAAUGCCACAAAAGUAGAUGUAAUAUCACACUCAAUGGGAGUUACUUUCGCUCGCAGAGUUUUGAAGGGUGGAGUUGUCAAGAGUGUUGGAUACCCAUUUGAUCUCGGUCCUCCUCUGACAGAAUUCGUCGAUACAUUUAUUGGUAUAGCUGGACCAAACUGGGGAAUUUCUCAUUGUAUAAUGGAUUUCUAUGAUGAAUAUAAAUCUUGCAGUAAGCAAAGCGGGUUUUACCCAGGUUUCCAAAGCAAUGGAAAUGGCUCGAUGCCUCAGAAUCUUUCUUCUUUCCUCGCAGAAAUGAAUCUAGAUCAAACUAGGGAAGCUUAACACUCUUAUGCUAUUUUGUCACUUUAUGAUGCUGUUGUUACUCCAUACGUGUAUGAUAGAUACACCUCAGAAUUUCCAACUUAAGAUGGUUCUUAUAUGUUUGAGUCUGAGGAAUAUACUCAUGUGGGAGUUAAAGAUAAAUCAGUUGAAAUGCAAUAUAAUUUGGUUACUACGCAUAAGUUCGUGAACAGCAGCUCAGGUAAAACUAAGCUAGAUUUGUUCAGAACAGCCUUUGAUAAGUAAUCUAUUCAAGAGCAAUGA